AUGGAGGUGGCCUUGGUAGACUUUGAGAGCCUGGAUGACCUUGCUGGCAACCUUGGAGAUGAGGUGGACACCUAUGCUGAUGAGACCACAGCUCUCACAGUGGACAUGCCCCCAGAGCACAGCAGCCCAACCAGCAACUACCAUCUAAGAGCCACAGACCUAACACCUACACCUUCCCACUGCAGCCCUAUACCCCCAUACAUUUGGGAAUCGACCUCCUCUUCACCCAUCCCGCAGACACUUACAGUACCACAGUCCCCGACGAUGCCAACUCCAACUAGAAAGGGGCGUAGCAGCUGCGCUAGCAUGAUCUCAAACUUUAAACUGCUGCUAAGCAGUGAGGGCAGCAAGGAAAGUGAGAUGAUCUUCAACCGGCUUGCUAAGGAGUGCUGUGAGGAUCUCUUUGUUGAUAAACGAGGCUUGGAUGAUGGAGAUCAGAAAGUCAUCAUCAACAUUGCCGGUCUUCGUUUUGAGACGCAGCUUAAAACACUGGACCAGUUUCCUGAGACACUUCUAGGGGACCCUUUGAAGAGGAUGGAGUACUUUGAUCCGAUGAGGAACGAGUACUUCUUUGAUCGGAACAGACCGAGCUUUGAUGGGAUUUUAUAUUACUACCAGUCAGGAGGUAAAGUUAGACGACCAGCUAACGUUCCCCUUGAUGUGUUUGCAGAUGAAAUUCAGUUCUAUGAGCUUGGAAACGAGGCUAUGGAGCAGUUCAGAGAAGAAGAAGGAUUCUUAAAAGACGUUGAGAUUCCUCUUCCUAGUAACGAUGUGUACAGACAAUUCUGGCUGCUGUUCGAGUACCCAGAGAGCUCCAAUGCAGCACGAGGUGUAGCGCUGGUGUCCGUCCUCGUCAUUGUCAUAUCCAUUAUUAUUUUCUGCAUGGAAACACUACCAGAAUUCAGAGAUGAGAUGGACCCAGUUGUGCCCACAGCAGUGCAACCUUUUAACCAAUCGCAGGGCUCUGCGGGCCCGCCUGGUGUCAAGCCCACAACGUUCUCUGAUCCUUUCUUCAUCAUUGAAACUGCCUGCAUUGGUUGGUUUUUCUUUGAGCUGUGUGUGCGAUUUUUGGUCUGCCCUAGCAAAAGAGAGUUUUUCCACAACCUCAUGAACAUUAUUGACAUCAUAUCGAUCAUCCCUUAUUUUGUCACUGUGAUUACAGAAUUGGCCACAACUCCAGCAGAAAGCUCAGGGCAGAACAUGUCUUUGGCCAUUCUACGUAUCAUCCGCUUGGUGCGGGUGUUUCGUAUAUUCAAACUGUCUCGUCACUCUAAAGGGCUCCAGAUCCUGGGACAGACUCUGAAGGCCAGCAUGCGUGAGCUCGGGCUGCUCAUCUUCUUCCUCUUUAUUGGAGUUAUCCUUUUCUCCAGCGCUAUCUACUUUGCUGAGGUAGACGAGCCAAAUACGGUGUUUGUCAGCAUACCCGAUGGCUUCUGGUGGGCUGUUGUUACCAUGACCACUGUAGGCUACGGAGACAUGUGUCCCAUUACCAUGGGGGGUAAGAUGGUGGGCACCUUGUGUGCCAUUGCAGGUGUGCUGACUAUUGCCUUGCCUGUUCCCGUCAUUGUUUCCAACUUCAACUAUUUCUACCAUAGAGAGGCAGAAGCAGAGGACAAGUUGCCCUUGGCUGAUGCUGUUGAGAAAGCCAUAAAGGAUACCACACAGGGUAGCAACACCUCGCUCAAUAAAGCCAACGGGAUCUGGCAGAGUGACAAAGGGAAGUGA